GCCUUCUCACUCUUCACCAAAUUUUCACACACAAGAUAAUAGUACACACCCCUAUCCUUCUAGACCCAUCAAUCUCUCAAAGCCGGCCGAAGACCUUCAAAGACCUUCGGUUCAUCUUCGUCGCAGUUAAUCAAGAACCAGGAUCAUGAAGCCAAAGGUCGUGAUCAAGUUGUCUGUGCCCGAUGAAAGGACCAGAGCCAAAGCUAUGAAAACUGCAGUUGGGGUAGCUGGUGUGAACUCAGCAAGUUAUCAGCAUGACAAGGAACAAAUAGAGGUAAUGGGGGAAGGGGUUGAUGUAGUUGUGCUCACAACUUCGCUUAGAAAAAGCUUGAAGUAUGCUGAGGUGGUGAGUGUGAUCCCUGAGGAGGAGAAAAAGAAAGAGGAAAAGGAGGGGAAGAGCAACGAGCUUGAACUGCCACGGAAUCCCACGAGUUGCCCUCCAUGGGUGUUGGCUUAUCCUACGGAUCACGAACCUGCUAGUAUAUGCACCAUUCUGUGAUUAAUAACUAAUUGUAUGUACUAGCUUCUCCACACUCGUUUUCGCCUUAUCCAUCGUAGUAUUAUUAUGAGAGAAAAAAAAAACAGUAAUAGUAAUUCUUACCUUUUAGUUUCAUUUUCCGCACCAUCAUUUAGAGAUCAAAUGAAUUGUAAUUACAAUUGAAAUAUUGCCUGAAUGGUAUUUCUUUCCUGUAUUUUCAUAAUA